GCAGAGGUGCAGAAAACUACCGCGCUUCAUACACCCUGCGCGAGGGGAGGCGGCACCACGCCAGUGAGUGUGAGCUGUCGCGCUGUGCUGAAAAUACAACGGUCGCUGUGGUCGAGGUUUGCAGGAAUUCCAGGGGUAAUUGUGCUCACAGAGCUCUAGCGUUGAGACGCACGCACUGUUUGGUUACAAGAGUUACAGAAGGGAAUAUAGAGAAGUCUUACAAAUCUACAGCGUCACCGAGGACUGUUUUAUUUGACUAAGUGAUAAGAAGAAGCAACUAACGAGAAACCUCGAACAGAACAAGUUAUUCCGCGAGUUUCUCCACCGUAAUUACGAUGGCAUCAGUUCUCGGAAACAGCACCCGCGCCUCAGGAACUCCAAACAACCAAGUCAAAUGCAAGUUCAAAAGGAGAAGGAGAAGAAGGUCGAAGAGAAAAGAGAAAGUCAGCAUGCUCUCUGCAUUGAUUGCUCCCUUCAAGUACAUGGUCCCUGGGACCACCAGCACAGAGGACGAGGACACUUUAAGUACCAGCAGUGCUGAGGUCAAAGAGAACCGGAACAUUGGUAACCUAGAGGACUGUUCCAUCGUCCCCAGCGACCGCCAGUCACUAUUCAGAUCGGACGUGUCUAGAGGCGGGACUUCUGGUGUAAAAAGAAAGCGGCCAUUGGAGGAGGACAAUAAUGGACACCUGUGUAAACUCCGUCUUAUCUACAAGAAACUAUCAUGGUCGGACUCACCAAAGAAUGCCCUGGUGCAGCUCAACGAGCUGAGGCCGGGCCUCCAGUACCGCGUGGUCUCCCAGACAGGCCCUGUCCACGCUCCCCUCUUCUCCAUCGCUGUUGAGGUCAACGGCCUCACCUUUGAGGGCACGGGGCCCACCAAGAAGAAGGCCAAGAUGAGGGCAGCUGAGCUGGCCCUCAAGUCCUUCAUUCAGUUCCCCAACGCUCCUCAGGCUCACCUGGUCACGGGUAACCACGCUAACCCCUCCGCCGACUUCACCUCAGACCAGGCUACUGACUUCCCGGACACCCUGUUCAAGGAGUUUGAGCCAUCAUCGUGCGGAGGCGUAGUCGGCGAGAGCUUCUCCCUCUACCGGUCGGCGUCAGAUAAGAGCGAUCUGCGGCUGUCAAGCGCCCUACGUCACGGCCGAUUACUCCGCCACACGUUGGACCUAAUGGUGCAGGCCAAGCAACGGCUGGCAGGGGUCCCCGUGACUGCCCCCACCGAGGCACCCAAGAGCCCCGUGGUGCUACUCAACGAACUGCGCCCAGGCCUGAGGUACGCGUGCCUUUCGGAAAGGACGGAGGGCCGGAGGGCGCAAAGCUUCGUCAUGGCCGUGCGUGUGGACGGGAGGAUAUUCGAGGGCACUGGGCGGAGCAAGAAGCUGGCCAAGAUCCAGGCGGCCCAGUGUGCUUUGCAGGCCCUCUUCAACAUCAGGCUGGCUCCUGAGGGGAGAGGCCUCAAACCCAGCAGGAAUAGAUGCCCUCAUUUACCCCAGGAUUUUGCCGACUCAAUAUUCCGCUUGGUGAGGGAGAAAUACCACGAACUGGCAGACAGCUUCAGUCCCGUGCAUGCACGACUCAGAACCCUGGCAGGCAUCGUAAUGACCAGAGGUCUGGACCUGAGACAAGCUCAAGUGGUUGCGUUAUCUACUGGCACCAAAUGUAUCAAUGGAGAAUACAUCAGUGACAAGGGACUGGUUGUGAACGACUGUCACGCUGAAAUCACAGCCAGGAGAGCCUUGGUUCGCUACCUCUACUCACAGUUAGAGCUCUUCUUAAGCAAAAGGCGAGAGGACUGGGAAGAAUCCAUAUUCGUCCGUCAUAAGGAGUCAGAGUACCGGUUAAGGGACAACAUCCAUUUCCAUAUGUACAUCAGCACGUCGCCUUGCGGAGAUGCUCGCCUCAACUCACCCUACGAAAUCACCACUGACCUACAUAGCAGCAGACACCUGGUAAAGAAGUUCCACAGCCGUCUGAGGACCAAGAUAGAAUCCGGGGAAGGGACCCUGCCUUUGAGGUCUUCCCGGGGGGCCAUCCAGACCUGGGAUGGGGUCCUACAGGGAGAACAGCUCAUCACCAUGUCCUGCACAGACAAGAUCACCAGAUGGAAUGUCCUAGGACUGCAGGGGGCGUUGUUGAGUCACUUUGUUGAGCCAGUGUAUCUCCACAGCCUGACUGUGGGUAGCCUGAUGCACCCAGGACACUUCAAAAGGGUGAUGAGUCAUAGACUGGAGCGCCUCGGACCGCUGCCCACCACCUACAGGCGAAACCAGCCCCUACUCAGCGGUCUUAGCGUCAGCAGUGAGUGUCGUCAGCCAGGGAAGUCUCCGUGUGUCAGCGUGAACUGGACGUUUGGGGACGGUCAGCUGGAGGUGGUCAACACGGCCACAGGGCGGCGGAGGGACUCAGGGACGCCGUCCAGGCUCUGCAAGCAUGCCCUGUUCACACGCUGGGUGAGGCUGUACCGCAAGUUUAGUAUCCAUGCUUCGGGGCCCAUGGAGCAGCCACUGGUUUACUGUGAGGCCAAGAUGGCUGCCGGCUCCUACCAGACUGUCAAACAGCAGUGGUUCAGAUCGCUACAUGAGACAGGCCUGGGGACCUGGGUGAAGAAACCUCCGGAGCAGGAAAGCUUCCUGCUACAGGACUGAGACAGACCAGAGGUUGGACACGCGUUCUUCCGUCUUUUUGCGCGUGUGCGUAGUAGGAGCAUGAGGCAGCUGGACUUUGGUUUGCUCUAGAAGCCUCCAUCACCUCCUCUACGAAAGCCACCUGUCUCAAUGCUCGUUCGAGACCCACCGCAUCCUAAAAGGAAAGGGCGGGUGAAAGAAAGAAAAUGGCUUUGAUUGGACCUCUCCUGCCGUAUCCCUCCGACCCUCCAACCCCCCUCUCCGGUCCCUGGUUGUCACAUCUGAGCCGGGGAAAAUGCAGGAAAGAAGGCAGGAUAACCUUGGUCUAAGUGAAAGGCAGCCGCUAUCUUGUCAUCAGCCAUUUGGGGCAGCGGUGCCCCAGCAGAGCUCUAGCAGGACGUGGGACAGGGCCAGCCAAUUACAAGGCUGUCACUGUGACGUGUGACGGACGGAAAGAGAGGGACCACAGAGUACAGCUCACCAAUACAUACGCAGACACCAAGAGACAUCGUCGGCACACGCUUCUAUCACACGUCGCUCACCUAUUUCUCUCCUCUUUCACAGACAUCUCUCUCAUCUAUAUUCAACCCCACCCAUUUUUCAUCUGUCUCCUCCCAUUUCUUCAUCUCCUUACCUUUCAACCCCUUUUGGUCCAACUGAUCCUCUAUACCACCUUAAAUCUUUUAGGGAUUUCAUUCUUUCUCCAUCUUCUCUCGAUUAUUACAUGUCACAAAACCAAGCUAUAAGUUCUGACAUGGGCACUACAGGUUAAUACGACCUCCUCUUUAGUGACAAAAAGGGAAUAAAAGAAAAUGGAGGUGUUAGCGAAGAAAGGCAACAUAACUGCUGCCAUUAGUCCACACCUGGGUUUACCUUUCAGAUAUUAAACUACAGAAAUCAUAGCUGUUUUAGAAUAUCUCCCAUUGUAUAAAAGUGUUGGUAUCCUUUUUACCUUUGUCCUUUCUCUUUUGAGGCCUCUCGCUGUAGCAAACGUGGAGCGUUUUUUUAUUUGUUGCCACAUAUGCGUUGAUAAAGGUUGAUCAACUCAAAAUGGAGGAGCUGUGAGCGUUGACUUUGCACAAAUGUAUUAAGGUUGUGACCAUAGCUGGGCCCAGUUAAUUAAAAACUUAACUUUGUUAACUGUUAAUCCGAUCACCAAAAAAGUUAACUUUGAUAACCGUUAAUUCGUUAAAUUGUUGAAAAUGUAAUGAAGUCAGCAAUUAAAGUUAACAUAAAGUUUUAUUAUGGCAAAAACAAAUUGGGGGUAUUUUUAAUUAGUUAUCUUUUGAACUGUAUGUGCUAGAAGCUGGCAUUUUUUCCAUUGGAUUCCUGACUUCCUGAAAUGACAUUACAUUCAUUCUUUUCCACUGAAGUUGAUGUUACCCCAUUUUUGGAAGGUUUCGCCCCAGCAUAACAAUGAGUAGCCAAUCCAUUUCACAGGUACUAGAGAGACAUUCUUUGUUGGACAAACACAAAUGAUGUUUACGACACACAAAUAGUUGCUUGCAAGUAAUACAAGGGCUCCCGAGUGUUUUUUCACUCUUGACUAUAUGAAGGCUCGAAACUAACGCGCAAUCUUUCUGCAAAGAAAUGCAUUUUUGACUUUGAAAAUAGCCUCUAGAUAUUCAGCACAGCAAGCACUGUAUUUGUUCUCGUUCCCCACUCUGGACUGAAGCAAAAAUUUGCUUAGACUCUAGAGGAUUUUAAAAGUAUUUUUAUUAGGUUUUUGGGUUAGCGGACUUGAAUUAACGGAAGUUAAAUGUAACAGAAGUUAAAUAGUCUGAUAAUGAUGAAUUAGUCUGAAACAUUAAAUCGUUAACAAAAAUGUUUACUUCGUUGAUUAACCGGUUAACAGUUUGGUGCCCGGCUCUGGUUGUGACCUAGUAGUGCUAUAGUAGCUUUGCUGCCAGAGUUAUUAGAGUUGUUACUUGAGUUAUGGGAGGGACACAGAAUAGACUGUUGUUCAACCUUUUAAUGGGAGAAUAACAAUCAAUACAACUCAUCAAAAUGCAGUUUGGUCUUUUGUUGCAGAGUGGUUAGCUCCCUGUUGAACCCAGUAUGUAGCCCAGGUGCUGAAAAGUAGCUGCUCACCAUCUCCCCAAGCCAGUCUCUAAAAGUCCAGAACUCUAGAACAAAUUUCAACCGUAGAACACAGACGUGUCAUUCUCUGCCAUGUCUGCCGAUGUUGACAGCCUAGGCUUUGUUCAUUUCAAAUGUCUCAGUUCAAUCCUUGUUUAAUUUUGCAAUCAGUUACAUUUUAGUAUUACAAAAUGUCAUAACAUUUGUUUAUUUUUUUCCAUGUGUGAUGUCGAACAUAGGAUAAGGUCAGUAAAUAUACACACAUUAACUUUGUGUUGUUUUAAUCUUACCCUCACUAGGACUGAUCAGGAUGAGGUGGGGCUAGAGAAAUUAAACACAGCAACAGCAACACCUAGUGGCCAUGAGCAUUACAACAGGCAUUACAUCUCAGUAAUUCUGUACAUCACUCUCCUCUUCUAGUGUGGAGAUCAUCUUUUGGGCAGGUAGGCUCACACACAGAGACACACACACUUUACACACAUACAUACCAACACUUUGAUACUGUUCCAACCAGACAAAACCACUCAUUAGCGUUUUCCACAGUAAAAAUGUAACAUUAGAUGGCAUGGGGCAGGUCUUUUGAAAACUGGAUUCAAUAUACAAAGACAAAAUAUUUAUAGAAUGCCUCAUUUAAAUGUAAAAGUUACCUGAGAUUGACGACAUGUGCAGAGUUUACUGAGGUUGUGAUCUAACAGUCUUAAAGGUCCAUUCCGGUCACAUGAUAAAAUCUGAAGCAGUAGAAGACAGAAUAGCUAACAUCCAAUUCUAGCCUGUUUAAAGAGACAAAGUAGUGUAUCCCCCUGCCCAAAUUACCUGUGGCUAAACCUAAUUUUGUUUGGGAUUGUGAUUAGUGGUCAAGUGUCUGAGACAGGAUGCGAUCCAGGCGCGAAUCUAGGAUUACAAGACACUCUAGGCUUAGCCCAGACCAAAGCUGUGUGGGGUAGGGUGUGCCCACAAAACAAAAAAUAAACCUGGGGCUGAAGCUCAAGAAACCCAGGUCUAACGACGCCACUGGUGAGGAUACUUUUUUUAAACCGUGUAUUUGGAGGAGAUUUAUAGUUUCAAUGCUGUGAUCAUGUGACCAGAGUCCACCUAUAACAGUUAAAUAACCUUUUAACUUAAGUUCAGUGAUAGUCUGAAUCCAACCCUAAGUUGUUUUAAAAUCUUCUCCUAUCCCUAUUAGUUGAGUUAGAUCAAGAUAUUGUUUUCUUUUAUAAAGGACACCUGUGUAUUUGUCCCAAUUAUAGAUCAGUACACACACACACACACACACACAUGCAGAGUACCAGUCAAAAUUUGGGACACACUUUGACUGCUAGUGUGAAGUACAUGUAUGCCUACCACCACGAAUUAAUUCAAACUGUUUGUCAUCCAUACACUAGAAGUGUUGUCAAGAGUCUGGAAACUCAAAAUGUACAAAGUUUACUCCAUUACUGCUGUAGAUGCAAAUGUUGUUGGAAGCGUGUUUUUUUACCAGCUGCGUUUUAUAGUCAUUCAAUUAGUGCAACAUCCGUUUGUGGUUUCUCUCAAAUAUACUCCUUGUUAAAAUCCCCUUGGAAAAAAAAUUUAUUUUGAGAGUUAUUAACAGUAUGGCACGGGUGAAUGACAAUAUUGUAUUAAAUGAGUGUACAUUUGUAAAAAAUUGUAAAAAAUAAAAAUAAAAAUAAGAUAUGGGAUGAUAAAAAUUAAGAUAUGUCUAAUUCAAAUGUACAUUGAAGUUAUAUUAAUGCUGCUAAGGUUGUAA